AAAACUUCUGGUUUGGUGAAAUGAUAAAAAGAUCAGUCAUUCACACCUUUACUCUGCUGGCAUUUAGCAGUUUUCCACUGACACCCGUUUUCCCCGCUAGACCUGCCUGGUGGCUCUGGCCCCUCCCAGUUCACCACUUCUUGCUUUCACCUGACAAGAACAACUUUUAAUCAGACAGCAUUUUUCCUCCCUUGAGUCAAAACCUAUCUCUUCACAUCUCUGGAUGUCUUCUACUUUUCUGCUUUAUAUUACUAAAAAUCUCUGAGUGUCAUACCUGCUAACAAUCUCUCUCUUCUCCCAUCUAUCCACCUGUUUCGUCCUCCUGCUGUGUUUGACAGAGUCAUCAUGAGUGGGAAACUGUGGACAGAGGAGCAGUUUAACUGCCCGGUAUGUCUGGAUCUCCCAAAUGAUCCAGUCACCAUCCCCUGUGGGCACAGCUACUGCAUGGCCUGCAUCAAGGACUACUGGAGCAAGGACGACCCCAAGGGGAUCUACAGCUGCCCCCAGUGCCGUCAGACCUUCUGCCCCAAGCCCUCCCUGUCUAGGAACACCAUGCUGGCUGAAGCUGUGGAGCAGCUCCGCAAAGGCGCCCUCAAGUCUGAAGUAAGAGAAUCUAUGCGAAGCGCCCGUAGUGUUGCCUCCUCUUCAUCCAAAUCCAAAGGGAAGCUGUCCUCAGCAGCUGUGCCAUGCGACAUGUGCAAAGGAGGACAGCGGGCAGCCGUCAAGAGCUGCCUGGUGUGUAUGAGCUCAUACUGCGAAACCCACCUGAAGCCCCACCAGACCCAGAAGGCCCUGAAAAAGCAUGAGCUGAUCGCCCCCACAGGCAAUCUGGCUGAGAAGAUCUGUACCCAGCACAAGUACCUGCAGGAGUUCUUCUGUCGCCAGUGCAAGAUGUUUAUUUGCUGGCUGUGCACCAGCAAUCUGCACAAAGGCCAUGAGUGUGUGUCCACCAAGGCCGAGCGCUUAGAGAAACAGAAAACGCUGACAGAGAUUCAGGCAGACAAUCAGCAAAGACUCAAAGACCGAGAGCAGGAGCUGAAAGACAUGAAAAAGAUGAUGGAAAUUAUGAAGCGCUCUGCAGACAGGGUACACGGUGACACAGAGCAGGUGCUGUCCGAGCUGCAGCGCUCGGUUGAGCGUCUGCAGGAGCUGCUGGAGGAGGUGUUGGAUCAGGUUGGCCUGGAGAAGAUGGGCCAGGCCCAGGAGGUGGUUGACAGCCUGGAGGCCGAGAUCAAGGAGCUGAAGAGGAGAGGCACGGAGAUGAAGGACCUGGCCCGCUGUGAAGACCACAUCCACUACCUGCAGACAUGUGAGUCCAUGUGCAGUCCCCUGGAGUCUGGGGACCUGCCCCCUGUGGUUGUCAAUCCAGAAGCUUCCUUUGAGCCUGUUCGUGACGCCAUCCUGGACCUCAGGGAGCAAGUGGAGGAUUUGUGCAACCAGGAGCUGGGCAAGAUCACCAAACAAGUCAAUGACACAACUCUGUUCACUCUGGGUGACUCCAACAGGAGCACAGGACAGAAAGGCAGCUUUUUUAAAUUGUUUUCUGGUCUGGGUCUUCGCAACACAAAUGGCCGAUCACCAGCUUCUACACCUACUAUCUCAGUUGGAACACGGAGCACAGACAGACGAGGACUGGGUUUAGGCUUUAAAAGCCUAGACGUGAGGAGCAGAGACAUACCACGAGACAGAGGAAAUACGAGCUCACCCAGACCUCGGGAUAGACAAAGGAGAGAGGAAAGAGAGACAGUGAGGGAGGCCAACACCAGACCCAGCCCCACUCCCAGCCGCAGAGAGUCCCAGUCUCUCUGGGCCAGGUCCAGUCAGAGCCAGGCUGCCCCUGCCGCAGUCCCAAUUCCUACUCCGAUCCCAGCCACCCCAGCUCCUGCUCCAGCUCCAGCUCCUGCACCAGCAUCAACUGGAGGUUUCAGUCGGAUGGCGUCGAUCAGCAGCCUCUUCCGCUCCCAUCGCCGUGGCACCACCCCAGCCACCCCUGUCACCCCAGCUACCCCUGCCAACAACACACAAUCUGCAGGAGGAAACCUAUGGGGGAUGGCUGCUCUGCCUGAAACACCAGUAGAAGUUAACCCUAGCCUGUUCUUGGAUACGCCCACACCUGACUCCAUGAAUCAUGCUCCGGCUUUCCCUGCAUUGAGAGAAAUUAACAUUGACAGCAUCCAGGCCCCAGAGCCAAGGACCAGAGAGGAGUUCCUACAGUAUUCUGUGACCUUGACCCUUGACCCCAACACAGCCCACAAACGUCUGACUCUUUCCGAUGGCAACACUAAAGCCACCCUGCAGGGGGCGGCGCAGCCCUAUCAUGACACUCCCCAGCGUUUUGAUGGCUGGACCCAGGUGAUGUGCCAGAGCCCUCUGUACGCCCAGCGGUGUUACUGGGAGGUGGAAUGGCGAGGCCGGGGCUCCUCUUUGGGCAUAGCCUAUGGGGCGUUGAACAGGAAAGGCUCAGAUGCGAGGGCGGGGCUUGGCUACAACGCCCAGUCCUGGACCCUGGAACUGUCAGACACCUGCUGCUCAGCCAUGCAUGACAAUGAGAAGAAGGACAUACCGGUCACCUACUCCCCCCGUCUGGGCAUCUACCUGGAUCUGUCCAUGGGGACGCUGGCGUUCUACAGCGUGGCAGAAAGCAUGACACACCUUCACACCUUCCGUGCAAACUUCACCCAGCCACUUUAUGCUGCCUUCGGGGUGGGGAGUGGAGUUGGGGUGGGUCUGGACUUUGCCCUUGGCCAGUUCUGCUCCAGCUCUGACAGCAUUAAGAUCUGUCCCAUGUAAGGAUACAGGCUGGAGGGCAGUGAUUGGUGGAAAAUGCUGCAUUCAUGACAUCAGACUUCAGAGUUUAACACAGCAGCUUGGAUGUGUUCAUGCUGAUUGAACUCAUUAAAAUUGUAGGACCACAAUGACUGGAAGAUUUUGAAAGGGUGGUUGCACCUAAUCUCGUUUUUCAUAUUUUAAAUGCACUUAGUGAAAGAAAUUUCUGUUUUAUACAGAAAGUAAACAUUGCGUUGUUUACAGCCACAUUAGCUAUAUGACUCUAGUGAUGGGAAUAUCUGUCAAUCCAUCACCAGUGCUGCCAGAUUGAGUGGUUUUCCAUGGAAAUGGGCUACUUUUUAUUUAACUGUGCAGGUAAAAUUAAUUUUGGCUGGACUGUGAUCAUUUGGUCUACCUUUUGUACCAUUUCCACUGAUAAAAUGUCAGUAGACUGAGCUUGACAUGCAGGGACUGAUAACUGAUGACUGUCAAAACCAAAUGUAAUUUCAGUUUAUUACAACUAAGUUGAAACUUUUGUUCUAUUCCAAUAAUUAUUCUGUCAAUAGCUCUGUGAUGAAACACCUUUUUUCAACUGAAAACUAUUAAAUAUAAAUAACUUUCUAACUGUUUAAUGGAUUACCAUAAUACAGAAAUUCCCUGAAAGAUAAAUUGCAAUGAUGGUGACUUUUCAUCUAGCACCAUCAGAUCAAAAUUUUAAUGUUUUUAUGACCAAAUACCUGCAAAACCCCCAAUUAGCCUCCGCUGUACAUUGUGCUAAUUAGCUAUUUUUAGCAUGCUAACAAGCUAAACUGGCAAAUAUUACCCACUAAACAUCACCAUGUUAGCAUUGUCAUUGUGAGGAUGUUAGCAUUUAGCUUAAGUGCUGCCUGUGCUGAAGUACAGUCUCACAGAGCUAUUAGCAUGGUUGUAGGUGUUUAACUGUACUGUUAUAUUAUGAAGUUGAACAUAUUUGAAAACCUGUUCCAGAAAGCCAGAAAUGUCUUUUUUUCAUCACCAAACACUGUGUCCCAUAGUACAUACAAGUAGACAUGAGUUUUUAUUUUCAAGUUGGAGUGUCAUGAUCUGAAAUAUAGUAAAUAGUCUCAGUUUAAGACCAAAAACUUUUUUAUAUAAAACGAUUAAAACUAUUCCCAGUCAUGUAUUAAAAAUUCAGUUCUG